AUGGCUCAGAGAAUCGCAAUCGUCUCCGUCUUCGACAAGACCGGCCUGCUCGACCUGGCCAAGGGUCUCGUCCAGCAGAAUGUCCGCAUCCUGGCUUCGGGAGGCACGGCCAAGAUGAUUAGGGAGUCUGGCUUUCCUGUCGAGGACAUCUCAGCCAUCACCAAGGCUCCCGAGAUGCUCGCUGGCCGCGUCAAGACCCUGCACCCUGCUGUCCACGCCGGCAUCCUGGCCCGCAACCUCGCCUCGGACGAGAAGGACCUCGCCGAGCAGCAUAUUGACAAGGUCGACUACGUCGUCUGCAACCUGUACCCCUUCAAGGAGACCAUUGCCAAGCCCAACGUCACCGUCCCCGAGGCCGUCGAGGAGAUUGACAUUGGCGGUGUCACCCUGAUCCGCGCCGCCGCCAAGAACCACUCCCGCGUUACCAUCCUCAGCGACCCCAACGACUACGCCGAGUUCCUCAAGGAGCUUGAGGCCGGCGAGAUCAAGGAGGCCAGCCGCAACCGGUACGCCCUCAAGGCCUUCGAGCACACGGCCGACUACGACGAUAACAUCUCGGCUUUCUUCCGUGCCCGCUACGCUGCCGAUGGCCAGCAGUACGCCACCCUGCGCUACGGCGCCAACCCCCACCAGAAGCCCGCCGCUGCCUUCAUGAAGUCGUCCACCAAGCUUCCCUUCAAGGCCCUCAACGGCUCGCCGGGCUACAUCAACCUGCUGGACGCCCUGAACAGCUGGCCCUUGGUCAAGGAGCUCAAGGCCGCCCUUGGCAAGCCUGCCGCCGCCAGCUUCAAGCACGUCUCUCCCGCCGGUGCUGCCAUCGGCGUGCCCUUGAGCCCCGAGGAGCGCAAGGUGUACUUUGUCGACGACAUCCAGGGCAUCGAGACCUCGGGUCUUGCCCAGGCGUAUGCCAGGGCUCGUGGCGCCGACCGCAUGAGCAGCUUCGGCGACAUCAUCGCCCUCAGCGACGUUGUGGAUGUGCCCACUGCCAGCAUCAUCUCCAAGGAGGUCUCGGACGGUGUGAUUGCGCCUGGCUACGAGGAUGCCGCACUCGAGAUCCUCAAGAAGAAGAAGGGUGGCAAGUACCUCGUGCUCCAGAUCGACCCCGAGUACACCCCGGAGCCCACCGAGACCAGGACCGUCUACGGUGUGACUCUGCAGCAGCACCGUAACGACGUCGAGAUCUCCCCCAGGUCCUUCAGCCGCACUGUCACGCCCAAGGACUUUACCUUGCCGGAGGGUGCCGCUCGCGAUUUGACCGUCGCUACUAUUGCCCUGAAGUACACCCAGAGCAACUCCGUCUGCUAUGCCAAGGACGGUCAAGUCAUUGGACUUGGUGCCGGUCAGCAAUCGCGCAUCCACUGCACUCGUCUUGCCGGCGACAAGGCCGACAACUGGUGGUUCCGAUUCCACCCCAGAGUGCUCGGCAUCAAGUGGAAGAAGGGCACCAAGCGGCCCGACAAGAGCAACGCCAUUGAUCUGUUGGUCAGCGGCGAGCUCCCCAAGUCUGGUCCCGAGCGGGAGCAGUUCGAGGCUGUCUUUGAGGAGGUGCCCGCCGCCUUCACCGAGGCCGAGCGCGAGGACUGGUCCAGCAAGCUGGGCGACGUCGCCGUCUCCAGUGACGCCUUUUUCCCCUUCAUCGACAACGUGUACCGCGCACACCGGUCAGGCGUCAAGUACAUUGCGGCCCCUGGCGGCAGCCAGAACGAUACCGCAGUCUACGAGACAGCCGAGAAGCUCGGCAUUGUCUUUGUCGAGCAGAACGUCCGACUUUUCCACCACUAA